AAGUUGGUUUUAAUUGGUUGCCCACAGGAUUGGCUUGGCUUCUGCUACUUGUUAAGAAAAAAACAUCUGUCUUUGCAGGUGUGUGUUGUUUCAGCGCAGCAUGGCUGUGGUCAUCCGCUUGCAAGGUCUCCCGAUUGUGGCGGGGACCAUGGACAUUCGCCACUUCUUCUCUGGAUUGACCAUUCCUGAUGGGGGCGUGCAUAUUGUAGGGGGUGAACUGGGUGAGGCUUUCAUCGUUUUUGCCACUGAUGAAGAUGCAAGGCUUGGUAUGAUGCGCACAGGUGGUACAAUUAAAGGGUCGAAAGUAACACUAUUGCUAAGCAGUAAAACUGAAAUGCAGAACAUGAUAGAACUCAGUCGUAGGCGUUUCGAAACUGCCAAUCUAGAUAUGCCACCAGCAAAUGCUAGCAGGUCGGGACCUCCACCUAGUUCUGGAAUGAGUGGAAGGGUUAACUUACCUACUACUGUACCUAACUUUAAUAAUCCUUCUCCUAGUGUAGUAACUGCUUCUACUACUGUGCAUGAGAGCAAUAAAAACAUAUCCACAUUUUCUACUGCCAGUAUGGGGACUGCACCUCCGAAUCUUGGGAGUACCUUUGGUAGCCCAACGUUUAGCUCAACUAUACCUAGCACAGCAUCCCCAAUGAACACAGUACCUCCUCCACCAAUCCCUCCUAUCCCAGCUAUGCCGUCUUUGCCACCAAUGCCUUCUAUUCCCCCGAUACCUGUUCCACCUCCUGUACCCACACUGCCUCCUGUUCCUCCGGUUCCUCCAAUACCCCCUGUGCCCCCCGUACCUCCAAUGACACCUAUGCCUCCCAUAUCAGGAAUGCCUCCUAUGAAUCCUCCACCCGUAGCACCUUUACCCACUGGAAUGAAUGGGUCUGGAGCAGCAGUGAAUCUGAACAGCGGCUUGAAUCCAUUGUUUAUUGGUCCCAUGAAUCCUGUAAAUCCUAUCCAGAUGAAUUCUCAAAGUAGUGUCAAGCCAAUUCCAGUCAAUCCAGACGAUUUGUAUGUCAGCGUUCAUGGAAUGCCCUUUUCUGCAACAGAAUCUGAUGUGAAAGACUUUUUCCUUGGGCUCCGUGUGGAUGCAGUCCAUAUGCUGAAGGAUCAUGUAGGUCGAAAUAAUGGAAAUGGACUAGUUAAGUUUUUUUCUCCUCAAGAUACAUUUGAAGCACUGAAGCGAAACAGAAUGCUGAUGAUUCAGCGCUAUGUUGAAGUUAGUCCUGCAACAGAGAGACAGUGGGUGGCUGCUGGAGGCCACAUAACUUUCAAGCAAACCAUGGGUCCCUCUGGGCAGUCGCACCCUCCUCCUCCCCAGGCUCAUUCUAGGUCCAAAUCUCCUGGUGGACAGAAAAGGUCACGGUCGAGAUCUCCCCAUGAGCAGGGUUUCUGUGUGUAUUUGAAAGGUCUUCCCUUUGAAUCGGAGAACAAACAUGUGAUAGAUUUUUUUAAAAAGCUGGAUAUAGUUGAAGACAGCAUUUAUAUAGCUUAUGGACCUAAUGGGAAGGCAAUUGGAGAGGGUUUUGUCGAGUUCAGGAAUGAAGCUGAUUAUAAAGCAGCUUUGUGUCAUCAUAAGCAGUACAUAGGGAAUCGCUUUAUUCAAGUUCAUCCAAUUACUAAAAAGGCAAUGUUAGAAAAGAUAGAUAUGAUUCGUAAAAGAUUGCAGAACUUCAACUAUGACCAGAGAGAAAUCCUCAUGAAUGCUGAGGUGGAACCAGGCUCGCCAAAGUUGUGUGCACAUAUAUCUAAUAUUCCAUACAAUAUAACAAAAAUGGAAAUCCUUCAGUUUCUAGAGGGACUGGCAGUAGAAGAAAACGCUGUACAAAUUCUUGUUGAUAAUAAUGGGCAAGGUUUAGGGCAAGCACUGGUUCAGUUUAAAGCUGAAGAUGAUGCUCGUAAGGCAGAGCGUUUGCACCGUAAAAAACUGAAUGGAAGAGAUGUUGUUUUGCGUUUGAUAACUGUAGAAGAAAUGAGAGAUAUUGAGAGGAACCCACCAUCUCAAGGGAAAAAGAUACUGAAAAUACCGAUACAAGGAAAUGCAGCUGUGCCAGGAGCACAGGGCGCUGGUGGGGAUGAGCAUGCCUUCUUGGGGGGAAAUUCUAAAGACGCAAACAAUGGUCCUCCAUUUAAUUUCCCUGGUAACUUCAGCGGGUCUGGCACAUUUGGUCCCCCUCUACCACCCCCUGGAAUAGGUGGCUUUCCUGAUUCUAGACCAGGAAUACCUACAGUUGCAACUAGCGGUUUACCUGGUGCAGGUAUUGAGGUCCCAGGUUUUGCAGGUGGUCCUGGUAAUUUGAGUGGACCGGCAGGUUUUGCAGGGGGUCCUCAGACUUUUGGUAACGGUCCUGGCAAUUUAAGUGGACCCCCUGCCUUUGGUGCUGGUCCUCCAGGAAUUGCUAGUGGUCUUGCACAUUUAAGUGGACCUCCAGGGUUUGGACCUGGACCAGGAAAUAUACAUAUUAGUGGACCCCCAGGUUUUGGAACAGGGUCUGGGAAGCCAGGACCAACUGUCAUUAAAGUGCAAAAUAUGCCCUUUACUGUUUCGGUGGAUGAAAUUUUGGAUUUCUUUUAUGGUUACCAAGUGAUCCCUGGUUCUGUGUGCUUAAAAUACAAUGAAAAAGGCAUGCCCACUGGAGAAGCAAUGGUUGCAUUCGAGUCUCGUGAUGAAGCUAUGGCAGCUGUUGUUGAUUUAAAUGACAGGCCUAUAGGCUCCAGAAAAGUAAAACUUGUUUUAGGGUAGCUGUUAAUAUGAAGUAGUUGUAGAAUAGAUAUUCAUAGUGCUGUGAUAAAUGCAUCCGGAUUGGUUUUUAUAGUAUUUCCAGGAUAGAACCUGUGGAUUGUUUAAAUUGUAAAACAGAUUGGUUUUGAUAAGACAGAGCACUGGGUUAGCCAUUACAGAAGAAACACUGCAAGGAUAGACGCGCAGUGGAUUUUCCCGUAUGAAUAUGUGGAGAAGCUAGACGGAUUCUUAUUCAUCAUAGAAGUUUGGUAAACUAUGCUGGACACAGUGCUUAUGAAGGAGUCUAGAUUGGUUUUACGUAGUUUUGGGUAAGGGAAAUAGAUGAAGUCAGUGAAGCUCUUCAGU